AUGGAUGUAGCAUUGCCAGACCAUGGUAAUUUAUCUCUCAAUUGUGGUUCAGCAGAAUUUUGGUUGUAUUGUUAGUUGAGUCCAUUGUUUUGUAACUUGAAAAUAGUUCAAUCUGGGGUAAAAAUUGCAAUUUACUGCCAAGUGUUGGUGAGAAUCAUAUCUGAUAUCGGAGGACAUUACAAGGACCAAGAUGGUGACAAUUCUACUCUUUAUGGCAUUAGCUCAUCAAAUGGUCAAAUCUUCAUUGGCAGCUGGUGAAGAGAUCAGGCUGGUCAAUGGCACUAGUCGCUGCUCGGGGACAGUGGAGAUUCUUUACGAGGGCCAGUGGGGAAGAGUGUGUGGCCAGAAGUGGGACGUCGACGAUGCCAAUGUGGUGUGUGGCCAGCUGGGCUGUGGGAGGGCUGUGAGUGUCCAAGGUAGUGUCCACUUAGGUCAGGGAAGUGGUGGCAGGCCUACUUGGCUGGAUGAUGUUGGSUGUAAAGGCAGUGAGAGCUCCCUCACAGAAUGCUCACAUGGAGGAUUGAAACACCAUGACUGUUUACAGUCUCAAGAUGCCAAAGUUGUCUGCUCAGUUAAACCUAAUAUCAGACUGGUCAAUGGGAGUGACCUCUGCUCUGGGAGGGUGGAGGUCUAUCAAAUUGGUCACUGGCGAACCGUGUGUAAUGACYUGUGGGARUUGAAUGACMCUGCUGUGYRSUGCAGACAGCUUGGCUGUGGGAAUGCUGUUAGUGCCCCAGAGAGGGGRUACUUUGGUCAAGGKAGUGGGCCCAUCUGGCAGGAUGAUGUUGGCUGCUCUGGCAACACCUUCACUCUCCACAAACCAAUCAUAUUCUGCCUUCUUGCAUGGGAGAGAGUCCAACUCACCUGCACUAUUCCAUCCCGUAUCCUCUGUAAUGCUGUGGAGUUCAUCUUCUAUCUGAAUGGAGACUCUGGUCAUGAAUGUGACCGUUGGAUCCUCACACAGCCAGGGCUACUUUAA